AUGAAUCAUAGAAAAAAAGAUCAGAUUGAUCUAUGUAAACAAUUAUUAAAUUUAAAACCAAAAAAGAAAAGAAUUAAACAUUGGCAACCAAAAUUAACAUUAGAUGAAAAAUUUCUUUUUGAUAAUGAAAAAUUUCUAUCUGCAUAUCAAACUAUUAUUGCUAAUACAUGUGGACAACAUCGUCAUCAACAACAAAAUCAUUCAUCGAUUGAACAAACUCUUCUACCUAUUCAUAUAUUUUGUCGAAAAGGAGUUUAUCCAGGAACAUCUAUUUCACGUCAACAAAUAAAUGAUGAUCAAGUUCCAUGGACUGUGAAUCUACCAGAUUAUAAUCCACCAUAUUAUACACAUUCAUCACUACUUGUUAAUACUAAUGAUACAGAUCCCGAAAAAUUAUUAUCAAAUUUUAUGUGGAAUACUUUUGAUACAAAAUAUAAUGUUGAUCGACGUACAGCCAGUCCAGUUGGUUCUUAUAGAAUUGAUAAUAAAGGUUAUCCAUUAAAUCCUCUUGGUCGAACAGGUUUACGUGGACGAGGACUAUUAAAUCGAUGGGCAGUAAAUUAUCUAACUCAUCUUGUCAUAAUGUGUGGUACGAAUGAAAUAAAAUCCGGAAAAGAAGUAUUUAAAUAUAUUAUGAAAACAUCAGACGAUAAUUAUUAUGAUCAUCUACCAUCUACAUCGACAACAGGUACUAAUAUGAAUGCCAUUAGUAAAACGCUUGCAACAUUUCUUAAUAAUAUAUAUCAAACAUGGAAUAAUUUUGAUAAUAUUCAUGAUGAAAAAAUCAAUGAAAUUAUUGAUCAUUUAACAUUUGUUAGUACUGCUUAUAUUGAUGAUUCAAAAAAUACAGAUAAUGCAUGGCUUGAAACAUCUAUUUGUUGUUAUGUCCAAACAAAUAUCAAUAAAAAUAUAUCAUCAAAUCAACAUAUCGAUCUUAAUCAACUUUUUCCUGAUCCAUCAUCAAAUGAAAAACUAACUUAUACAUGGCGUUAUGUAUCACAUACAACUAAAUUACUCGAUAGUGAACAUAAUGUUAUUAAACUUAUUGCUAAACGAUAUAAUGCCUAUUGGUAA